GAGUCGUCUGAUUUGUCUCUGGGAAGCACCCUCCCCACCAAUCCCAUACUUAGCAGCACGCGAGUGGGUGACGCUGUUCCGGUCAAAGCACGUCGACGGCGACUUCGAGUGGACUCCGACGAGGAUGCGGAGGAUGUACUCAACAACAACGACGAUAUUACGACGGCCGGUGUACCCAUCUUUUUCAGCCUUGACGGACAACCACCGCCAACACCCGGCGUGCUUGCGCCACCGCGUUAUGCUUCAUCCCAGCUGAACAGCAGCGUCCGCGAGCGUCGCAUCGAGUCUGACAGCGAUGACGGCGUUGCGGAUCCCAGCGAUGCUGAUGAGGAUGACUAUGACGGCAGUUCGGUUGAGGAUGAUGAUGGUCCCGGUUACGUGAGUGAAGAAGAACCCGUCAGGCCAGAAAAACACGCUAAAAAGCGUUCAAAUCAUUCAGAUGUGGAUCUUGAUACAGCCGGUAAGGAUCCAAAUGUUCAUUUUACUUACCUUUGA